AUGGAUUCUCCCAACUACAUAGUAACAUCUGAUUUAACUACGGCUGUGGAAAUUGAAACACAAAGUGCUGAAUCUUCCGGUAGCAGCUUAUUUAAAACUCAGUGUGUUCCUUGCUCACCUGAGCAGAAGCAAGAAAACCCUGUAAGGACAUUUGUUCAUUUACCCGAAAGUGUUCAGGCAAGAGAUUCAUCAAGCGAUUCUUAUUUGGAACCAAGACCAUUAACAUUAAAAGCCAUUUUUGAGAGAUUUAAGAAAAAGAAACGAAAAAAAAAGAGGAAAUAUAAGCGAACAGGAAGACCGAGGGGAAGACCAAAAGGAAGCAGAAGCACUAAAAGGUCACAAAUAGAUAAAAAACAAUUGAAAGAUAAAGGACCUCGUUUCCCAUUUUUAGAAUCAGAGCAUGGAAGAAACCCACUUCCUUGGAAAAAAAUUUUAACCUUUGAGCAAGCUGUUGCAAGAGGAUUUUUCAAGUACAUAGAAAAACUGAAGUAUGAAUACCACCUGAAGGAAUCUUUGAAACAAAUGAAUGUUGGUGAGGAAUUAGAAAACAAUGAUCUUGAUAGUCGUAGAUAUAAAUACUUGGAUGAUGAUGGAUCCAUAUCUCCUAUUGAAGAGUCAAUGGCUGAGGAUGAGGAUCCAACUCAUCUUGAACAUAAUGAUGAGUGUGAUAUCAAAUUGGUGGAGGAUAACUGUUUCAUAAUUAGCUGUCAGUUACCAAAGAAGGGGAAGAUGAACUUAGGUGAAGAAAAUGGUGAAGAUACUGCAUUGUUUAGAAAGAGAGUUUCCAAGGACAAAAAGAGGACAGAAUAA